AUGGACUCUGAUGAUGAUAUUCCAAUCAAACAAAGAAACAAAAGAGUGAUUUCAGAUGACGAAGAUGAUGUUCCUCUUUCUCAGAUCACCAAGAAGGUCAAAACAGAGGAGGAUGAAAGUUUUAGUCCCCAAAAACCUAAAACUAAGACUAAAAAGGCAUCUAAACCUAAAAAAGAGAAAGAUGGGACCGCUGAAAAGGUGAAAAAACCCAAAAAAGCUAAAUCCGAUGAAAAUUCAAAUAAAUCAACCACUAAGAAAGACAAAAAUUCAGAAAAGGUGAAAAAGGAAGUCAAAAAAGAAGCCAAAAAGGAAGAUUCUCCCACCCCAACUCAAGAAGAUGAUGAGGGUUAUAAAUGGUGGGAACAACAGGAUGAUUUGGAUGGUGAAAUAAAAUGGGAAAGUUUAGAACAUAAUGGAGUUAUGUUUCCUCCAGAAUACGAACCUUUACCAUCUCAUGUUAAAUUAUAUUAUGAUGGGAAGCCAGUAAAGUUAUCUAAGGAAGCAGAGGAAGUUGCUGGAUUUUUUGCUGCAUUAAUUGAAACUGACCAUGGGAAGAAUCCUGUUUUCCAAAAGAAUUUCUUCAAUGAUUUUUUGAAAGUUAUCGAAGAAACUAAUGGUAGUGAUAUUAGAAUCGUUGAAUUCGAAAAAUGUGAUUUUACUAAAAUGUAUGCUUACUUUGAAAAAUUGAAAGAAGAAAAGAAAAACUUAUCAAAAGAUGAAAAGAAAGAAAUGAAGUUAGAAAAGGAAAAGAUAGAAGAACCUUAUAAAACAUGUCUUUUGAAUGGUAGAAAAGAAAAAAUCGGUAAUUUCAGAAUUGAACCUCCAGGUUUAUUCAGAGGUAGAGGUGCUCAUCCUAAGACUGGUAAAUUGAAGAGAAGAGUCUAUCCUGAAGAUGUUACUUUGAAUUUAAGUGAAGGUAUACCAGUUCCACCACCUCCUGAAGGACAUAAUUGGGGGGACAUUAAACAUGAUAAUACUGUAACUUGGUUAGCUAUGUGGAGAGAAAAUAUCGCUGAUUCUUUCAAAUAUGUCAGAUUUGCUAACAAUUCAUCCAUUAAAGGAUUAUCUGACUUUAAGAAAUUCGAAACUGCCAGACAAUUGAAAAAUCAUAUUGAUGAAAUAAGAGAAGAUUAUACCAAAUUGUUAAAAUCUGAUUUAAUGCAAGAUAGACAAAUGGCUACAGCUACUUACCUUAUUGAUGUUUUCGCUUUGAGAGCAGGUGGUGAAAAAGGUGAUGAUGAAGCUGAUACUGUUGGUUGUUGUUCUUUACGUUAUGAACAUAUAACAUUAACUCCACCUAAUAAAGUUAUUUUCGAUUUCUUAGGUAAAGAUUCUAUUAGAUUUUAUCAAGAAGUUGAAGUAGAUAAACAAGUUUUCAAGAAUUUGAAGAUUUUUAAGAAAGCUCCAAAACAACCCGGUGAUGAUUUAUUUGAUAGAAUUAAUCCUUCUUUAUUGAAUAAAAAAUUCCAAUUUUAUAUGAAAGGUUUAACAGCUAAAGUGUUCCGUACUUAUAAUGCUUCUAAAACCAUGCAAGAUCAAUUAGAUUUGAUUAAAAAUGAAGGUACAGUUGCAGAAAAAGUUGUUAGAUUCAAUGCAGCUAAUAGGACAGUAGCUAUCUUAUGUAACCAUCAAAGGACAGUUAGUAAAACUCAUGGAAAUUCAAUUCAAAAAAUCAAUGACAAAUUGAAAGAAUUGUUAUGGCAAAAGAUUCGUUUGAAGAAAUUAAUCUUGGAAAUGGAACCUAAAUUGAAGAAGAUAGAUAAGAAGUAUUUUGAAGAAAUCGAAGAUUUUAGCAAAGAGGAUGAAAUGGUGAUUCAUGAAAAAAUCAUCGAAAGAACCAUCGAUCAAAUCAAUAAGAAGUUCGCCAGAGACAAUGAAAAAUUGAAAUUAGAACAAAAACCUCUUUUAACUAACAAGGAUUUGAAAGAAAGGUUGGAAAAGGCUGACGAAUUGAAGAAAGAAUUCAAACAAGAAUUGAAAACUGGUAAAGUACAAAUGAAGAAAACUGCCACUGUUGAAAAAUUGAAACAACAAAUCGAAACCAUUGAAAACAGAUAUUUAACCACUAGUUUCCAAUUGAAAGAUAAAGAAGAUAAUUCCGAAGUUUCAUUGGGUACUUCAAAAAUGAAUUAUAUUGAUCCUAGAUUAACCGUUGUAUUUGCAAAGAAAUUUGACGUUCCAAUUGAAAAAUUAUUCACCAAGACAUUAAGAGAAAAAUUCACUUGGGCCAUUGAAAGUGCUGAUGAAAACUGGAGAUUCUAG